AUGCCUAUGAGUUGGGAUGCUGCGGCUGAUGCCAAGUUGUUCACAGUCGUCAUGGCAGUCUACGAUAUCAAGAUCUCGGGCGCGCAGAACGAGAGAAUUGCCAGAUUGAUGGGAGAAGACGUCACCCCCAAAGCCAUCACCCACCGUCUCUCCAAGAUCAAAGCCCAAGCCGCAUCCUUCACCCCCAUCACCCCUGGUUCUCGCAAACGCCCUGCUACCAAUGACCCCAAAACUCCUUCUACCUCUACCAAAGCAAGCGGCAAAGGAAGCGCCAAGAGCGCAAAAGGCCUCUCAGCAACCCACACCAUCACAACAAUCAUGCACGACAACAACAGCGACGAUGAAGAAGACUUUUCGUCCUUUACCCCCACCCACAUUGCCAAGAAGAGAAAGUUUGGCUCCAAAGGUCCUAAAAUCGAGGUUGGAGAUGAGAAGGGAAAGUUUCCUGGUAUGGAUGAUGAUGCUGUGGAGGGUGAGGGUGAUGCUAUUGAUUUUAGUCUUCAGCAUAAGUAUACUGAUGCUGUUACUAAUCUUGUGAUCAAGGCUGAGGAAAGCAGCAAGCAGGUUGUGGAUUUGACUGCAGAUGCUACGGAUGCAGAUGCUGGAGCUGAAAACAUGGCCAUCUCAAGAGCCAGCAAGGGAAAGGGAAAGCAGAAGGAGACCCGUGAAGUCAAAAAGAAGAUGAGGAUGUUGAUGAUGAGAUGGUCAUCUAAACUCUCCACCUUCAUCUCAUCACAUCAACAACACAUGCCCUUGGUUGACAGAAAAUUCCUCCACCCAUCCAUAUCCAUCAAAAAGUCUCAAAUGGCUCAAUCUCAAGACAACAAGUAUCCCCUCAAGCUCUACAACAAGAUCAACAACAAAGGAAAGCAGAAAGACAGCCAACAGCACUUGACCACUCCAUCAACUCCAAUCAAACAUCAAGCCAAA